AUGUGCCUUUUAUGCAACAAAGUUUUGGGCAAUGACGCUAUGAAACCAUCUAAACUGCAAGAUCAUCUGAGAAGAUGCCGCCCUGAUAAAACAGAGAAAGAUUUGAAAUACUUUCAAACACUCAAAGAUAAAUUUCUGAAGAGACCUACACUGGACAGAAUGUUCGCUUCGACGUCACAAAGAAAUGCAAAAUCCGGAAAACCGCGUACUAUCGGAGAGAAGUUAAUUUUGCCAGCCGUUGAAGAGGUUUUAAAAACUGUUUUACACAAACCUGCAUCUGAUCUCAUUAAAAGAAUUCCCUUAAGCAACAAUACUGUUGAAAGACGUAUUGACCCAUUUCUCUAUACAACUGGACGAGUCAACUUUACCUGA